AUGUUAGAUGCGCGACGGUCAUGGAUGGCUUGGGUGCAUUCGGCCUCGGUAUUUGCUGCAUUUGCCGGUGGCGCGCUUGCGAACCCGGCUGUUCAAGAUCCCGCGCAGUCGUCGGAUCCCGCGACGAUACCGGAGACGAUAUGUCCGGCUACGAGUUUGUGGGAGACUGAGGCCGAGCCUUUCCAGCUUCCGAUCUGUCCGGAGACUCGCUGGGGACGAUACCAAGUCCAGACGGCAUCGGCAAUGGAAACUCGAGCUACCCCCGGUCUAGAAUCUGUUGCUCCUCCUCCAGGAACGGCAGAUGCAGCGGCAGGACAAACCGCGGAGCAGGAUCAGGAUACGGAUUCCUUACUGGAUAGUGCGAGUUUCCUUUCGUUUGAAGACUGGAAGAAACAGAAUCUGGCCAAUGCCGGACAAUCCGCCGAGAAUGUUGGAGGGAGCAGACGCGCUGCGGCGGUCGGCAAAGAAGGUCGGCGGCAACCUGGGAUUAAUAAUGCGUUGGACUCGCUAGGGGAUGAUGGGGAGAUCGAACUGGACUUUGGUGGCUUUGGUGCAGAGACAUCCGAGGCAAGCCCUACGGCUUGGGGCACGCCGAUUCCAUCGCAUUAUGCCGACAGAUUGUAUGGCGAGGCUGAUGAGCAUGUUCCUGCACAUGGCAUCAUCCAGAAAGACGGAUCGCGUCGCAAGGAUGCCGGGACUACGUGCAAAGAGCGCUUUAACUAUGCGUCCUUUGACUGUGCGGCAACGGUACUCAAGACGAACUCCGAGUGCAAGGGCUCGUCUUCCGUGCUGGUUGAGAAUAAGGACAGUUACAUGUUAAACGAGUGCCGAGCACAGAACAAGUUCCUGAUCCUCGAACUGUGUGAUGAUAUUCUCGUGGACACCGUUGUCCUGGCAAACUACGAAUUCUUCAGCUCGAUCUUCCACACUUUUCGAGUCAGCGUUUCUGACCGGUAUCCCGCAAAGCCGGACCAGUGGAAAGAACUGGGCGUAUACGAAGCGAGAAAUACGCGCGAGGUGCAGGCAUUUGCGGUUGAGAAUUCUCUUAUUUGGGCUCGGUAUCUUCGAAUUGAGUUCUUGACGCACUAUGGCCAUGAGUUCUACUGCCCUAUCAGUCUCAUUCGUGUGCAUGGAACUACCAUGAUGGAGGAGUACAAGCACGACGAGAGUGGCCGGGCAGAUGAUGAAGAGGUCGUGGAGCCAGUUCAAAUUGGCGAGCUCCCCGCAGAUGAACAAACAGAACAAGUUCAGCCUCGAGUUGAAGAGACCAAGAUUGAAGAACAGCCUCAGGAGAUAUGCCUCCAUCGUCUCACCGCAGUGGAAGCAACCCUCCUUGGUCUAGGGACUAGACCUGCAGAGACAUGUGGUAUCAACGAUAUUCCGGCAAGGGCUACUCCGGAGAGAACUGCCACCAAGGAUCAGCCGGAUUCACCACCAACGGUGAACUCGACACUUACAACAGGAGAUGGUGUUCCUGCGACCCAAUCCGGAUCAUCCGCCCCAGCGACGGCCGAAGAUGCUCGAAAGCCCGGUGAAUCGCCGAAAGCUGUGGCAACGACACCUGAUGCUUCAGUUGUCCCCGGAGAGCCUGUACAGCAAAAUUCCACCGUCGAGAAUACGGGUAAACCCACGAUGAACCCCAAGGAGGAGCAAAACAGUGCGCUUCCGGAGUCAACUCGACCGACAUCCACACAACCUCCACCUUCAAACCCGACAACCCAAGAGUCAUUCUUCAAAUCCGUUCACAAGCGACUACAAAUGCUUGAAUCUAACUCGACUCUUUCGCUUCUCUAUAUUGAAGAGCAAUCUCGCAUUCUUCGUGAUGCCUUCAACAAAGUUGAGAAACGUCAACUCUCAAAAACAUCCAAUUUCCUUGAGAAUUUGAACGUCACCGUUCUCAACGAGCUGAGGGAAUUCCGAGAACAAUACGACCAUGUUUGGAAAUCCGUUGCCUUUGAAUUCGAGCACCAGCGCGUGCGCUAUCAUCACGAGGUGACUUCCAUCAGUGCCCAGCUGGGUGUGCUGGCCGACGAGCUAGUCUUCCAGAAACGCGUGACGGUCAUCCAAAGCAUCAUGGUUCUGUGCUGCUUCGCACUAGUACUGUUCUCGCGAGGAUCUGUCAGCAACUACAUGGAAUUCCCACGCGUCCAGCGAAUGGUCGCUCGGUCCUACAGCCUGCGAUCUUCAUCCCCAAUAUUUGUCUCACCCUCGGCCAGCCCUGGAUCCACACGGCCGACCUCCUCGCACCAUGAAAGCGCCCUCCACAGGCGGAACCUUUCAGAUAGCUCCUCUUCUCAGGACAGUCCGGCUAGCCCGACGGUGCAAUACAUUCCACCGACCCCGACGUCCGACGUCUCCCGGGAGGUCGGGAUUGAGGAUGAAAAGGCCAACCGGCCAGCCUCGCCAGACUCAAUGACUGUGCCUACGCUCGGGACACCGCAAUUUCGGUCCCGUAGUACACCACCCGGCUUGGGUGGUCAUACGAUGGAUCUCGGACUAGACGAGGCUAGCGAGGACGAGAACCUCCUAGACCCGAAGUCUUCUUGA